UGUCUAUAUGCGAUAAGACAAACCCCUACCGAGCCCCCUAAACAAAUGCUUUCUCCCCGUCGUUGUCGAGAAAAAUAUGAUACGCUUGUUGAUAUAAUAGAACGCAGCAAUUUACUACUUUCUGUGCCAACUCUCACUCUCAUUCGGAGCUUUAGAUGCACCUCCGAGUUACGGCUUCAAUAACAUCUAUUGGUGAUCAAUUUGAUUUCAGUGAAACAUAUUUUGUAGAUGUGUUUUUAGAUAUCUACAGAAAUGGGGGUAGAGAGUGUGGAGGAAAAACUGGAAGAACAGGAGCCUAUGGCACCAACAGCUUCCAUGGAAACGGUGUCCGUCGUCCGAAAAAUCAAGGUGGUUUCCACUUUACUGUUGGUGGGGGCUUUACUGUUUAACAUUUUGUCCAUCGCCACCACUUCGUGGAUGAAGUCAAAUGGCCGCCAGGAGGGGCUGUGGGCGAACUGUGUCUCCCCGACCGGGGAUAUUUACAAGUACGAGUGUACCGGAAAUGAAUCCAGGGGUUGGUUAGAUGCCUGUCGGAUUCUGGUCUGUAUCGCCUUCGUGAUGACCUUCAUCGGUCUCGCCAUGACUACAUAUGGAAUACAGAGUAUUAACUUUGGAAUGAAGUAUAAAUACUAUAACAUCGCCAUAGUUCUGCUAUUUUUAGCUGUAAUCCCUGAAUUAAUUGCGGUGAUUAUUUUUCCUGUAAAAUUCAAUGAGGAACUGAAUGGUGCAGGGUGGGUGGUCGGCUGGUCUUAUAUAAUGGCUGUCUUGUCGGCCGUUUUAGUCCUCAUAGCCGCCAUACUUCUUUGUGUUGAUCGGGGUGCAGACGAGGCGUUGAUUCGCGAAAAGACCUGUUACUAUAACGACGAAUCUAUAGAAGAAACCUUGGAAUGAUCUUUCCAG